CUGGCUCCACCAGGAGAAGAGUUAUCACUGGCCAAGGCUAGGCCAGGAUACUACAGUCCUCACUGUCCCUCCUGCUGGAGCAGAGAGAGGUGAUGGAGCUGCUGUCCUUCUAACUUCGAGGCAAGCAGAGGCCGAUGGAACUAAGCAGUGUGGAGGAGAAGACAAAACCUGGUGUCUUAAACUGUGUCUUUAAAGCUACAAGGAGAAGACUUCUCUUGAGCUGCCACGUAUUGCAAGAGGUGCAAUGAAGGAUGCCUAGGGAAGCGGUAGGAGAAGCGAGGCAGGAUGGAGGCAUGGAAGGCAAAGGAAAACACGACUUUAAAGACCCCUGGGAGUGACUGGUGCCUCGAGGAGGAUGGAUGGUGAUAGCUCUACGACAGAUGCUUCUCAGUUAGGAAUUGCUGGAGAUUACAUUGGCAGCAGUCACUAUGUGAUACAGCCUCAUGAUGACACAGAGGACAGCAUGAAUGAUCAUGAAGAUACAAAUGGCUCAAAAGAGAGUUUUAGAGAACAAGAUAUAUAUCUUCCAAUUGCAAAUGUGGCAAGGAUAAUGAAAAAUGCCAUACCCCAGACAGGAAAGAUUGCUAAGGAUGCAAAGGAAUGCGUACAAGAGUGUGUAAGUGAAUUUAUCAGCUUUAUAACGUCAGAAGCAAGUGAGAGGUGUCACCAAGAGAAAAGAAAGACCAUCAAUGGAGAGGAUAUUCUCUUUGCCAUGUCUACCCUGGGAUUUGAUAGCUAUGUUGAACCUUUGAAGUUGUACCUCCAAAAAUUCAGAGAGGCAAUGAAAGGAGAGAAGGGAAUUGGAGGAACAGUUACAACUGGAGAUGGUCUAAGUGAGGAGCUCACAGAGGAAGCAUUUACUAACCAGUUGCCAGCAGGCUUAAUAACUACAGAUGGCCAACAGCAAAAUGUUAUGGUUUAUACAACGUCUUAUCAACAGAUCUCUGGUGUUCAACAAAUUCAGUUCUCGUGAUUUGAAGAAAACUUUGGGUCUGGAAACAUGAGACAGAAAAGCUGUGGAACUCUAACGAAGAGACAGUUUUAAUGACUGGUGAAGAGAUUUAUCUCUUUGUGUGUUAAAUAGCUGUAAUGUAGCUACCUGAAGCUUGACUAAUUGAGGUGUGAAUUCUGACUCAAAUCUUUUUCAUGAAUGAUUUUAAAAAAAUUGGAUUUUAAAGGUAUUAAAGUAUUUUUGUUUUGUACAAGAGUUUGUUGCUCUGUAUAACUCCUGUAUGCAUUGUAUAUUGCAAUUUAUUACUGUCAGAGAUUUGUAGACAGUUUCUUAUUUUCAUAUUGAAUCAUGUUACUUUUGUAAUUCAGGUAAACAGCUGGGUUAAUUCAUGUUUACCCUUUGAAUAAAAUUGCAAGGGUAAAGUUCA